UAACGGAGGUGGAGUUCGAUACAGUGUUGCUCGAAAAUACAGCUGCUUCGGAUUAGUUGUGUAACUUCUGAUCGUACGUUUGUCCAUAAAGGACAAAAAAAUCUGGAAAAAUAAAAAUAAUAAUACAAAUAAAUGAUUUUUUUUAAAUGUUAUGUUUAAAAUUAAUAAGGCUGUAAGAAAUGUUCUGGAACGCAACUCUGCCCGUGAUGAUUCCCCGUCGCUUAGCAACAGCGAUUCGUGAUUUCAGUGUUUAACUUCACUGCUGUUUCAUCAGAUAUGGACAAAAUGGCGGAAUUGGCGAACCUUCUGGUUUUGCAGGAGUUUAUGCAAAAUCAGAUUCAGUUCACUGAUAAAAUGAUAAGUUCACUGACUGAGAUCAAGACAGAAAGGAAUCGACUUUCUCCUGAGGAGUCUCUAGAAUGGAGUGAUGAUACUGAAACCUCCCUUGAUGAGUUUCAGCAGAGAAAAGGUGAGAGACGGGCUGUGAAACGGAAUACAUGGCAGGAGAGCGAGGAUGCGCGAAUCCUGCAGAAUGAAAUUUAUAAUCUACUCAGUGUGAAGCCUCUGAGCGAGGAGGAACGAGGCGAGCUGGUAAAUUUACGUCUAAAGCACAGGAACCGCAUCCUGAAAUCUGCUAAAGCUAUCGGCUUGGAACAACAUAUUGAGAAGUGCAUGUGCAAAAUAGAUAACGAAGCAAGUAAGAGAAGCUCUCUGCAACAGAAGCAGAGAAACGGUGAUGUGUUGUAUUCUGAGACAGCGACAGGAUGCUCAAUAAACAGAAAGAUGCCGAAGAAACCGAGGAAGACUGUAAAGUUCUGUUUAGGAGAGAAAGAGAUUCAGGACAUGAUUCAGGAGGCUACAGAGAAAGGAAAGGCUGAGCAAAAAGAGCAGGAGAGGAUAAAGAAAAAAAAAGAUUUAAGGAAGGAGAGGGAGCAGGAGAGUCAAAGAGUGCAAGAGAGACUGAGAGACUUGGAAAGAUGGGUGCAGACGGAGGAAGCGCUCAAGAAAUUGAAGAGAAGGAUGAACGUGGAAAUGAAAAUGUUAAAACAGGAGCUGGAGAUAGAGAGAGAUAGGAAGAAAAAGGACGCAAAUCAAGUUAAGAAAAGGCAACAGUGCCUCAAGGAUAAAGUAAGGAUGCUGGAGAAAGAAAUCGAAGAAACGAAGAGGAAUGUUCUGUCUACAUCAAACACACAAAGGGAUAGGAUGGAAAGGAAGACACGGUCAGAAAGACAGAAGGGGGUGGCGAUGGGCCAGAGGAAGCGACAUGAAGCUUUAGAUAAUUAUGGAAGACACUUCACUUCCGCUUCUUUUAAUGGUAGACGGGACUACUACCUCAGCCACAUGGACAUGGACUAUAGAGAAGGCUUAUGGCAGAAUAUCAAGAGGCUUGUUAUGGCUUUCUUUACACAGAUCUGGAAAGGGUUUAGACGUGUCGGAUCAGCUUUACGACGGAUAUAUAGAUAUAGAUAGUAUGUAGCUUUGCAAUUACCAUAUAAUCGUUCACUCUAUAACCAUAAGGGGCUGAGCCUAUUUCUGUGUUUGAUGAUGUAGUAUUUGCUGGAGCCGUGACUACUGAUUCAUGACUUAUGACUACUGAUAUCAAUGAGUUCAUUCUUGUGAAAAAAUGUAUAUCUGGAUUAAAAGCUGUUCACAUAUCUUC